AACGUUUCUACUGCAGUGUAAAUUUUUCUGUCUUUAUUUUUUGAUGUGUUUAUAAGUUAUUUUUGAGUUUUUUGUUAUCAUGAUGGAGGGAUCGUUGAGUAAAUGGACAAAUGUUAUGAAAGGGUGGCAGUACCGCUGGUUCGUGCUGGACGAAAACGCUGGCUUGCUGUCCUAUUAUACUUCCAAAGAGAAAAUGACGCGUGGCGUGAGAAGGGGCUGCGUCCGUCUUCGAGCUGCAGUGAUCGGCAUCGACGAUGAGGACGAUUCCACGUUCACCAUCACCGUCGACCACAAGACUUUCCACUUUCAGGCGCGAGACGGUUCAGAGCGGGAGCGCUGGGUGCGUGCUCUCGAAGACACCAUCGUCCGGCACGGCAGACGGGAGCGAUGGUCGCGCUGCGUGCCAGCUCCGGCUCAUCGACACGGCGACCUUGAGAGGCGCAUCUCAGAGGCGGACGCGUACCUGCAGAUCAUGAUAGAACUUGUUUCUAAAAUGACCACAAGGGUGUCUGAGCUGGCUGAACCACAAGAUAAGAAUAAAGGGCAAGUCAUAUUAGAUCACUCUAACGUUAUGUUGGAUAAUAUAAAACAUUCCAUAGUGCUUCUCCAAAUUGCUAAGAACACCGUGAACCCGGUCAACGGUGUGUAUCAGGGACCGACAACCCUCUCGCAAUCACAUAUCAAAGAAGAUCUAUCGUCCCGCGUCGAACUCGGGUCGGAGUGUCGAGAACUAUCGACUCCCACACACCCCAUAACGCCUCUCGAACAUAUCGAUGCACCUAGACAAGCGAUGACCCUGCUAGUGCCGGACACGUCAUACUCGUCGUCAGAGGGCGAGGACGAUUUCUACGACGCGGACGACGAGCUCGUUGACACCGUUACGCCGGGACCGAGUGCAAGCCGCACGUGCGGGGCGGAGGGCGCGUCGGAGCAAGAGCCGUCGUCGCCCGCCGCCGUCGACCUGCCCCGGACCCGAGAUGGAGAGAUUGACUACGACGCCCUGUACGAGGAUGACUCUGACAGUGACUUGGGCUCUAUGGAGAAUCACGGCUCAGUCGUCACGCACCUCCUGUCCCAAGUUAAAAUUGGAAUGGAUCUCACAAAGGUCGUGCUACCGACAUUCAUCCUGGAGAGGCGAUCGCUUCUCGAGAUGUAUGCGGACUCUUUCGCCCACCCCGACCAAUUUAUCAAGAUAGUAGAUCAACCGACGCCUCGCGACAGAAUGGUGCAAGUGGUGAGAUGGUAUCUCAGCUCGUACCACGCCGGCCGCAAGUCGCAGGUGGCGAAGAAACCUUACAAUCCCAUAUUGGGUGAAGUUUUCCGCUGCCACUGGGACCAAGAAGGCGAGCCGCUUGAAAACAACACAUGCAAGCAAGAAGUAGGCGACGGUCCCGUGCCCUGGUGCUCGCCCGACCAGCUCUCGUUCGUGGCGGAGCAAGUGUCUCACCACCCGCCCAUCUCCGCCUUCUACGCGGAGCACGUGAACAAGCGUAUACAGUUCGACGCGUGGGUGUGGACCAAGAGCAAGUUCCUCGGACUCUCCAUCGGCGUGCACAACAUCGGCCGGGGACUCGUCACGCUGCUAGAUGUGGGAGAGGAAUACUCCCUUACAUUUCCCAACGGAUACGGCAGGUCAAUACUAACGGUUCCGUGGAUAGAGCUCGGCGGAUCUGUAUGUAUAGAAUGUAUACAAACGGGACACAAAGCGAACGUGGAGUUCCUCACGAAACCGUUCUACGGCGGUAAGAAGCAUCGCGUGACGUGCGAAAUAUUCGCCGGCAAUGACAAGAAACCGUAUUACGCGGCGCAAGGAGAGUGGAAUACGAGAAUGGAGGGCCGGUGGACGGAGUCUGGGCGCAGCGAAGUGCUCUUCGACGUGACGAGUAUGAAGCCGCGGCGCAAGCGGGUGGCGCCCGUGUCCCGCCAGGGCGCCAACGAGUCGCGGCGCGUGUGGCGCCACGUGACCGCCGCGCUGCGGGCCGCCGACACCGACGCCGCCACCAGCGCCAAGCGGAGACUAGAACAGACCCAGCGGGACGCGGCCAAGAAACGCGUCGACACCGGCGACCGCUGGAUCACGCAGCUAUUCAGCCCGAAAGGCGAAGAGGGCUGGGAAUACAACACUCCGCUCAACAAGCGUACAGAGCCCCCGAGCGACACGACGGCACCAUGCAAAGCCACAGAAGUGGAGACCAGAUAAUGGCCUCACCAGUUUACAUGAACUUUGUAAGCGUUAAAACCUACUGCGGAGCAUUAAAUGUUGAAUAUCAGUCUUGCAAUAAAAUUGGGAUAGUCAGUUUAGACUACGCGCGAUCUUAGGCUUUAGAGUUUACUUUUACUUCGCCCAGACUUGAGACACAGUUGUUGUUGACAACUCUAGCUAAGCCCCGCAGUUUAACCCGCGGUAACUACGUGCCGUAACGUAAAUAUUGGCGACGCAUCAUCGUGCAUAACGUAUUUUAAUUUUUCAUUAAAUCAUAAACCAUACAACGUGUCACAGAAUUACGAAAUAAUAAUGAAGGAUGCGUAAGUAUAUCUCAUAAGGAUAACCCUGUAGAAAUAUUAAAUCAUAAGAAGCAUAUUUAUUUUUCCAAACAA